GCAGAUAACCAAAUUAAGCUUAGCCCUUGUAAAGACCACUUUCCUUUUCUAUUUGUUUGAUUUAAUUUGUAGGCAUUAGCCUAAAUUCAUAAGUUUUAUUCCCGCAACCACUUGAUUUUUCACUACGUCAAAGCCGUUGAACUAUUAUUUCAUUAUUCUCUCUUCACAAUUGGCUUUGUACAUAUCAAUUCGAACCACACGUUUACAUUUUAAUCGUCACUGCUUUGAUGGUAAAGAAACCACGCAACUUGUUAUAUAUAUUUGUAUCAUUGGACUGGUGCUCAUGCCUCUGAAGAUAUGGAUGAAAAGUGGAAGGAUACUUCAAAUAAAGAUGAAAGUGUACCUACAGCUGGCUUUGAAUCUCUCUCCCUAGGCCAAAAGUUAUUGUCAAAAUGUGUAAAAAGAACUGGUAUUAGCGUUAGUGUUCGUGGUAUAGCUAUAAAUACAACCAGUCAAAUCAAGACUGCCGGUAGUGCGUGGAAAUCUGAGGGCAGAUACGAUUAUAAUAGAGAUGGCAGGAACUCGUCAUUUGAUGUCUCAUUUCCCGAUUUGCUGGGAUCUAGUAAUAAUGUAAAUAAGACUCCAUCACAAUGGAACUCCGAUGCUAUAAGUGGGUCCGAAACUGCAACGAUUAGCAAUUCAGAAACUGGGUCCCGAAAUGGUUUUAAAAAUUAUGGUUACUCUAGGGCGAGUAGCAGAGAUAAUUCAAGUUCUAGAUCAUUCAGAAACUUCCCUCCAAACGGUAAAUCAACUAGUGGUUUGGACAAUGAUAUCUUGGGUGAUCAGUUUUUGAUGCCCGGUAUGAAGGGAACAUAUCCGCUGGGAUUUACAAAUUUUAUUGGUAAAGGAGUUGAAUCUUCGCCUCCUCCCCCACCAGAGACGCCAUUUAAUCCUUCAAAAGUCUCUCUUAUGAAACCAAAUCGGCUCAAAAGUAGAUCUAAUCUAACAUCGCCUGCUUCAGCCGCUCCUGUAGAUCCUCAGCUACCACCUAAGGAGAUUUCUAGUCAAAAGGUUGUUCCUGAGGCUCGUGAUGAACUACAUGCUUCUCCCUCUGCAAAAGUUGGAGAACCCAACCGAAAUUCGCAAGUAAAUAUUCCGACAAAGUCUGAAGAGCCGCUAAAUUCACCUGUAAAAAGUGCUCCGUCUAAUAGCCAAAACAAUGAAGUCAAGGAUAUUUCGAAAUCUAGGAAUAAAAAGGAUACAAAGUUUGUCAACAGACAGAAGCAUGAUCCUGGUAGGGGCAAUAAGGAGAAUGCUCGUAAUCCGAAAACAGAACAGGCCAAGGAUGAUACAUGGCGUUCGUCCACUAAGGAGACCAAUGAUUCUAUUCCAAAGGGACCUGUUGAACCCAAACAGAUUUUAAGACCGCAUGAUAACUUGAUCCAUAACUUUAAUAAGAUUACACAACAGUCGGAGAGUAAGUCGAUGAAUAAUGCAGCACAUGACCAAAAGGCUGACAAAGCAAGGGGUUCAUUCAAAAAUAAUUGGUGGAGACAUGCUAAGAAGUCCAAUAACACCGGUGGUGGCGGUGGUAAUAACUAG